AUGUCAUUUCAUCACCUUCAUCAUCAUCAUCAUCUUGCCGAAAAUUCCUGGCAGGAUCGAUCAAAUCAUUUUAUUAAUACAUCGAAUGUUCCAAAUAAUUCCGAUCGAUCAACUAGUCAAACAUCCUCAAUGCCUCUUCCAUCAUCAUCAAAUUCAGGUGGUAUUGAUUUUCAACCACCUUAUUUUCCACCACCAUUUCCAAGUGUAACACAUCAACAUCCAUUUGAUCAAAUACAAUCAAAUCAUUCACAUAAUCUUGAUUAUACAUCAUCAUCACCGCCAUUUACAAAUAAUCAAACAUCACAAUCAUAUAAUUCAUUAGUUCGUUCAUCAGGUGUAAAUAUUGAUGAGACAACAACACCAUUAACUCAUCCAUAUGGUGCCUAUGCUGAAUAUGCAGCAUCUUAUUAUAGUCGUCAUGCUAUGGCACUUGAUCCAGAAUCAUUACAACUUUAUCGAAGUGGUUUAUUAGGUACUGAUCCAGCUAGUACAGCAGCUUUUCGAGUUCCUGGUCUUGAUGAUAAUGUUUCACCAGCACUUUCUGAACAUUAUCGAGCAUCACUUCAGCGAGAUUUACGUCGUGGUGAUACAAAAGAAGGUAUUCAAUUAAAUUUAGGUGCUGGUAAUCGACCUAUUGCUCCAGCAGAUGUAUUUUGUAGUGUACCCGGACGAUUAUCUUUACUUAGUUCAAAUUCUAAAUAUAAAGUUAGUGUAGCUGAAGUUCAACGACGUCUUUCACCACCAGAAUGUCUUAAUGCAUCUUUACUUGGAGCAAAAUCAAAAAAUGGUGGAAGAUUAUUACGUGAAAAACUUGAAAAAAUCGGUGUUAAUUUACCAGCUGGACGACGUAAAGCAGCUACUGUUACAUUAUUAACAUCGCUUGUUGAAGGUGAAGCUGCACAUUUAGCACGUGAUUUUCAUUAUGUAUGUGAUCAAGAAUUUCCAUCACGUCAAUGUGCAGAAUAUACAACACGUCAAUAUCAUACAACAAAUCAUUUACAAGAUCCAUCGAGUAUUACAAAACGUAAACAAAAUAUUCUUGCUACUAAACAAUUAGUUAAAGAAUUUACUGAUUUAUUAGCACAAGAUCGUUCACCAUUAGGUACAAAUAGUCGUUUAGCAUCUGUUCUUGAUGUAUCAUUUCAACGACAUUUAACAAAUUUUUCUCUUAUUACACAUGGUUUUGGUACGCCAGCAAUUAUAGGUGCAAUGUCAGCAUUACAAAAUUAUCUUACAGAAAUGAAUAAAAUAUGUGACAAACCAAUGGCAGGUUCUAUUGAAAAUAAAAAAGACAUUGAUUUAUUAAAUGACAAAACUCGUUAG